AACUGCGGUGCAUCUUUCUCCAGGUACUCCGUCAUGCGUCCGCUGAUUGUUGGAGUAGCCAUCUUGGCUGUCUUUGUAGCGAUCCACUUGGAUUCGGUCCUGUCCGUCUGCUGCAGGGAGAAAAUGAAGGGGAACUGGUGCCGUGAUUGCCAAAAGCAAACUAGCGUGUGGAGACUCAAGGCAUACUGCGGAGUGGGUGGCUGUAACGCCUUUGGGUGCGACUGUAAAGGGGGGUGUAGAAAGUCGCCACUAGGGAAAGUCUGCGUCUCUUAUAAGUCUGGUGGUUUUUGGUUGAUCAAGAAGUACGCGUGCAAGUGUGUUGGAGUUGGGGACGCUCCUGUUGAACAGAAUGACGAGCAGCAGAACGACGCAGGAGAUGAGGAUGCAUUGAGGACUUUUUACGAACUGGACACCGAUAGGGAUGGACACAUUUCGUCUGCGGAGGCCCAGGACGCCAUGCGUGAACUGGGGAUCCCCGAAGCCGAGUUCAGUGACCACAUGUCCCGCAUGGACAAGGAUCAGGACGCCAGAGUUAGCAUGGAGGAGUUUGAUGACACUCUUGCCAUGUAAAGCUUGUCUCGGAGUACAUAUCGCGUUAAUUUGACUGAAACGGACUGUUUGUUUCCCCUUUAUUCUUUAUGCUUUACACACCGAUACUAGAUUAUUUUAAUAACUAAGUUUAAUUUAAAAAAUAGAAUCACUUACAUAUUCUAAUACUGGAUUCUAAGUAAUUAUUCUAAAUGAUGUUUAAAAAUUGAAUCAUUCGAAAAUCAAAUCAUUCAUUUCCUUGAUAAUAGACUGCAAAUGUAAAGGAUUCAAAUACGUCUGGUCAAUAAACAACAUUUGAAAUGAAA